AUGAAGCGAUUUUUUGCUUGUUUGCGUUUGGCUAUUGCUCAGCUAGAUCAAGAUUAUUCAGAAAGUCGUAGAACGGCGAAGAUUGACGGUGCCGAACGCAUUACAGUAGAUUCGUCAGCAUUGCAUUGUCCCGUUUGUUUUUGUAUAUUUGCUUCGGUACCGUUCAUCCUUAAAUGCGGUCAUUCAUUUUGUCAAAAUUGCAUCAAGAACAUUGUCGAGAAUUCAUAUUCCGAACGGGAUGCGGUUUUUGAAUGUCCCAUGUGUCGUCAAGUAAUUUCCUCUGAAAUUCGUUUCACUAAAAAUUUCCUCGCUGAUGCUUUGCUGCAGUCAGUAUGCGAAAUUGCUCAGGAUGAAAAUGAAAGCUCUGUGGAUCCGAAUUUGAGGAUUUCGUUUCAACUAAUUUCUCGAAAAUUUCUGGAAGAGCAACAGAAAAACAACAUUUUACGGAAGAAAUAUGAAGAGGAACGAGUUCGUAGUCGCCGAUAUCUUAUUCUUUUAGUUAUGGAGAGUGCACUUUUGAUAGGUUUUGUAUUUUUAUACAAAUUAUUGUUUCCCUGA